GGCCGCGAGCCCCCCGCGCGCCGCUUCAGAACCGCGCUCGUUCGCUCGCGCGCGCCCGCCCUCACUGCGCGCGCUCCGCCGCCCGACGACGCGGGAGCCGCACGCGCCGGACUAGGCUCGCUGCGCUCCCUGCCGCCCUGCGCCUGCGGGCUAAGGCGGCGUCCUCGGUUCUCGGUCCGGAGACGGUCAGGCAGCCAAAUCUGUAGUCCGAGAGCGGCGGCGGCGGCGGCAGCAGCGUUGAGAAAUAUGAAGAACGAAAUUGCUGCUGUAGUCUUCUUUUUCACAAGGCUAGUUCGAAAACAUGAUAAGUUGAAAAAAGAAGCAGUUGAAAGGUUUGCUGAGAAAUUGACUCUAAUACUUCAAGAAAAAUAUAAAAAUCACUGGUAUCCGGAAAAACCAUCAAAAGGACAGGCCUACAGAUGCAUUCGGGUCAAUAAGUUUCAGAGAGUUGAUCCUGAUGUCCUGAAAGCCUGUGAGAACAGCUGCAUCUUAUACAGUGACCUGGGCUUGCCAAAGGAACUUACUCUGUGGGUGGACCCCUGUGAGGUGUGCUGUCGGUAUGGAGAGAAAAACAAUGCAUUCAUCGUUGCCAGCUUUGAAAAUGAGGAGGAGAAUAAGGAUGAAAUUUCCAAGAAAGUUACCAGGGCCCUUGAUAAGGUUACCUCUGAUUAUCAUUCAGGAUCCUCUUCUUCAGAUGAAGAAACAAGUAAGGAAGUAGAAGUGAAACCCAAUUCGGUGACUGCGACCCCUAGCCCUGUGUACCAGAUUUCAGAACUGAUAUUCCCACCUCUUCCAAUGUGGCACCCUUUGCCCAGAAAAAAGCCAGGAGUGUACCGAGGAAAUGGUCAUCAAAAUCACUACCCUCCUCCUGUUCCAUUUGGUUAUCCAAAUCAGGGAAGGAAGAAUAAACCAUAUCGCCCAAUUCCAGUAACAUGGGUACCUCCUCCUGGAAUGCAUUGUGACCGGAAUCACUGGAUUAAUCCUCACAUGUUAGCACCCCACUAGCUGCUUUUGAUUCUGUUGGUGUCAUGUUGAGAGAAGGUAGAAUAAGCCUGACAUAUUAAAAAGUUCUUACUCAAAGUAGUAAAGUUAGAUGGGCCAAACCAUCAAACUUAUUUUUAUAGAGAAGUUAUUGAAAAUAAUCUUUCCUAAAAGAUAUAUAUGCACUUUAGAUAUAUUGAUAUAGUUUGAGAAACUUUAUUAAAGUUAGUCAAGUGCCUGAGUUUUUAAUAUUGGACUUGAGUAUUUAUAUAUUGUGCAUCGACUCUGUUGGAUAUGAGAACACUGUAGGAGUGGGCGAUAUGUUCUAGCACCUUUGAGCAUUUACUCUAUGGAGAGUAUGUAAGUUAUUUAUACACAAGGAAAUCUAUUUUAUGUCAUUGUUUAGAAUUGCGUGAAAUCAUGUAGUUGCAAAUAAAAAGUAGUUUGAGGCA